UAUUCAGGCAUUUAGUUAAGACAGCAUGAUGCGAACAGCUAUAUUUCUGUUGGUGGUGCUUUUCACUGUUCAGCUUGUUUAUGUGAAUGCAACGUGGACACAUUUCUGGACAAGACGUCGAACCAGCUGGCAAUGGAAUCAAAUACCUGCUCAAUUAGAACAGGAUUCAACUGACGCAACGGACGCACCUUUAACAAACGUAUCUGACGCAACAGACGUACCUUUAACGAACGUAACUGAUGCAACAGACGCACCUUUAACGAACGUAACAGGCGCAACGGACGCAUCUUUAACGAACGUAACUUCGACGGUUGCACUUUUAACGAAUGCGACUUCGUCGAGUGCAACGCUUGCUAUUUCUACGAGCCCCACUUUUCCUGAAGGUACUUUAUCAAACGAAACCUUACGCAACGGAUCCUUCAGAAACGAACCCUUUCCUCCAGAGGUCGGAAUAAUGGAAUAAAAUGUUCUUGAUUCAAAUAUACAAUGCACUUCGCACUGAUGAUGCCACGCAAAUAAAAAGGAAACAAAACAA